AUGUCGUGGCUCUCUUCUCGCCCAACGACGUGGACUACCCUGUCGUCGUCGUCAUGUGGGGGUCGGUCUGGGCAGGUGGCAUCGUCUCGCUAG